UUCCUCCUCGGUGGGCGUCAUGGGGAGUUUAAGUUCCUCCCUCCUCCUGGUUAUGCCCCUUGCUAUGAAGCAGUGUUGCCCAGGGAGAAACUGAAACUGGAGGCUAGUCAGGAUCAGACUGCCACCAGAGACCUGCUGGGACCGACUGUCACUUUGAGCCAGGCAGCAUUCACCCCUAUACCUGUAGACACCAGCCAGAUUAUUUUGCCACCUCACUUGGAAAGGAUCAGAGAAAAACUAGCAGAAAACAUCCAUGAACUCUGGGUGAUGAACAAGAUAGAAUUAGGCUGGAUCUAUGGUGCAGUGCGGGAUGAUAAUAAGCGGCAGCACCCAUGUCUGGUGGAGUUCUCCAAGCUUCCUGAACAGGAACGAAGCUACAAUCUACAGAUGUCUCUGGAAACUCUCAAAACUCUCCUGGCUCUGGGUUGCCAUGUUGGCCUAGCAGAUGAACACGCUGUAGAGAAAGUCAAGAACAUGAAACUUUCAUCAACCUAUGAGUUAUCCAGUGGUUAUAAACCUGCUCCUCUGGAUCUGAGUCACAUCAAAUUGACCUCCACCCAGGAAGCUAUGGUGGACAAGCUAGCUGAGAAUGCACACAAUGUUUGGGCAAGAGAUCGCAUCCGCCAGGGCUGGACCUAUGGCAUACAACAGGAUCUAAAGAACCGUAGAAACCCUCGUCUGGUCCCCUACGCUCUUCUGGAUGAGAGAACCAAAAAGUCCAACAAAGACAGUCUGAGAGAGGCUGUCAGGACUCUCCUGGGAUAUGGAUACAAUCUUGAAGCUCCUGACCAAGACCAUGCAGCUGAAUCGGGCCUGAGUAACGUGUCGGCUGAGAGGUUCCGCAUUUUCAGAGCAGAAAAAACAUACUGUGUUAAUACUGGGAAGUGGUACUUUGAGCUGGAGGUUCUAACAGCUGGAGAGAUGAGGGUCGGCUGGGCCAGGCCAGGAUGUCUACCAGACCAGGAGCUGGGCUCUGAUGAUCAGGCAUUUGUCUUUGAUGGCUUCAAGGUGCAGCGCUGGCACCAGGGGAAUGAACACUUUGGCCGAGCCUGGCAGAUAGGAGAUGUGGUGGGCUGCAUGGUGGAUCUGAAUGAGCACACCAUGAUGUUCACACUCAAUGGAGAAGUGUUGCUGGAUGAUUCUGGAUCAGAGCUGGCCUUCAAGGACUUUGAAGUCGGUGAAGGUUUUAUACCAGUUUGCAGUCUGGGUGUGUGUCAGGCUGGGAGAAUGAACUUUGGUAAAGAUGUCAGCACUUUAAAGUACUUCACCAUUUGUGGCCUACAAGAAGGCUAUGAGCCUUUUGCUGUUAACAUGAACCGGGAUGUCACCAUGUGGCUUAGCAAGAGGCUCCCUCAGUUUGUACCAGUACCCCUCCACCACCAACACAUCGAGGUGACGAGGAUAGACGAGACAAUAGAGUCGUGUCCAUGCCUGAAGGUCACUCAGAAGUCCUUCGGCUCACAGAACAGCUACACUGACAUUACCUUCUACAGACUUAGCAUGCCCAUAGAAUGUGCCGAAACCAGGUGCCCACCAAACGGCAGCCUCUUCUCACCAAAGAGGGAGUUGGAGGACUUUGAAAAUGUGUCAGAUUUUGAGGUCCUGAUGAAGUCAUCUCACAGUCAUAAUGGUCCCAAUGGACCCGACAGAGAUGAAUUCAACAACCACAAAGAUUAUAACCAGGAGAAGCCCUCCAAGCUCAAACAGCGGUUGACGCUGAAGAGAAACAAGCCAGACAACAGCUGUCCCUCAUCUGCUCGUGUAUCGGAGGAGGUGAUGGCUGAUGACAGAGUUAGCUCUGAUUUCCUCAUGCAAGCCUCCACUUACUACUAUUCAGUGCGGAUCUUCCCAGGUCAGGAGCCCAGCAGUGUUUGGGUAGGCUGGGUGACUUCUGACUUCCAUCAGUACGACCCGUGCUUUGAGCUGCACAAGGUCCGGACUGUCACGGUUACCCUGGGAGAUGAAAAGGGCAAAGUUCAUGAGAGCAUAAAACGCAGCAACUGUUACAUGGUGUGGGGUGGAGAAAGCAGCAGCCCCACUCAGGGGAGGAACAACGGCUUAGAGAUUGGCUGCCUGGUUGACACUACAAACGGUCUGCUGACAUUCACAGCCAAUGGCAAAGAACUCAGCACAUACUACCAGGUGGAACCCAGUACUAAGCUGUUCCCUGCAGUCUUUGCAAAGGCCACAAGUCCUAAUGUCUUCCAGUUUGAACUGGGUCGUAUUAAGAAUGUGAUGCCUCUAUCAGCUGGUCUGUUUAAGAGUGAGAAGAAGAACCCAGUUUCCCAAUGUCCUCCACGGCUGCACGUACAGUUUCUUACUCCUGUUUUAUGGAGUCGUGUUUCCAACCACUUCCUUAAGGUCUCAGUAUCCAGAGCAAAUGAUCGACAUGGCUGGCUGGUGCAGUGUAACAAACCUCUGCAGUUCAUGUCUCUGCACAUACCUGAGGAGAACAGGUCGUUGGAUAUCCUGGAACUGUCAGAGCAGAAGGACUUAUUAAAAUUUCACUACCAUACCCUCAGACUGUACUCUGCCAUCUGUGCUCUGGGAAACAACCGAGUAGCUCAUGCCCUCUGCUCCCACGUGGAUGAGGCACAGCUCCUUUACGCUAUAGAGAAUAAAUAUAUGCCAGGUCUUCUUCGUGCUGGCUACUAUGACCUCCUCAUCGACAUCCACCUGAGCAGCUAUGCUACAGCUCGCCUCAUGAUGAACAAUGAGUACAUUGUUCCCAUGACCAAUGACACAAAGAGCAUCACUCUGUUCCCAAAUGAAAAGAAGAAACAUGGCCUGCCAGGCAUUGGACUCAGCACCUCUUUGAGACCCAGAAUGCACUUCACAUCCCCAAAUUUUGUUUCCAGGCCCGGACCAUCGUGCUUUAACAACGGCAACAGUGGAUCAGGAGAUUGUUUCCAGUACAGCCCUGAAUUCCCCUUAGAUAUACUGAAAGUUAAAACCAUUGAGAUGUUGACAGAGGCAGUACGGGAGGGAAGCAUGCAUGUACGGGACCCAGUAGGAGGAAGCACAGAGUUUCUAUUUGUUCCACUCAUCAAGCUGUUAUAUACUAUGCUCAUCAUGGGCGUUUUCCAAAACGGAGAUCUGAAGAAUAUCCUCCGACUGAUUGAACCUUCUGUGUUCUGUGAACGACGCAAUAAGCAGGAUGCACUUUGCAUGGAGUUGGAGGUGCUAAAGAAGGGUGAAGCCGAAGGAGGAGGAAAGGAGGGAGUGCUGAAUGUCCCCAAAGAAGGACUGUUAGAGAUGAAGCUGCCAGAGCCUGUAAAACUCCAGAUGUGUCAUGUGCUGCAGUACCUGUGUGACUGCCAGGUGCGCCAUCGUAUUGAGGCAGUGGUGGCCUUCUCUGAUGACUUUGUGGCUUGUCUCCAAGAAAACCAACGAUUUCGUUACAAUGAGGUGAUGCUGGCACUCAACAUGUCUGCAGCCCUUACUGCCAAGAAGACCAAAGAGUUCAGAUCUCCCCCACAGGAACAGAUCAACAUGCUGUUAAACUUUAAGGAUGAGAAGCAGGAGUGUCCCUGUCCUGAAUACAUCCGAGAACAGCUGCUAGACUUCCAUGAAGAUCUGAUGAGGCACUGUGGUAUAGAGUUGGACGAGGAGAGAGGCAUAAACUGUGACAGUGACUUCACCAUACGAGGUCGACUCAUGUCACUGGUGGAGAAAGUGGCUUAUCUAAAGAAGAAGAUGGCCAACCUGCCAAAGGAAAAAAAAGACAGGAAACCCAGUACCUUACAACAACUCAUUUCCGAUACGAUGGUGCGCUGGGCUCAGGAGUCAGUUAUAGAGGAUCCAGAGCUGGUCAGAGCUAUGUUUGUCCUACUUCACCGCCAGUAUGAUGGCAUUGGUGGACAGGUGCGGGCUCUUCCUAAAACCUACACUAUAAACUCAGUAUCAAUCGAGGACACCAUCAACCUGUUAGCGGCUCUCGGUCAGAUCAGAUCUCUGCUGAGUGUGCGCAUGGGAAGAGAGGAGGAGAAACUGAUGAUCAGAGGGCUGGGAGAUAUCAUGAACAACAAAGUGUUUUACCAACAUCCUAACCUGAUGAGAGCGUUGGGAAUGCACGAGACUGUCAUGGAGGUCAUGGUCAAUGUGCUCAGUGGAGGAGACUCCAAGGAAAUCACCUUUCCAAAAAUGGUGGCCAACUGUUGUCGUUUUCUAUGUUACUUCUGUCGAAUCAGCCGUCAGAACCAGAAAGCCAUGUUUGACCAUCUGAGUUAUCUGCUGGAGAACAGCAGUGUUGGCCUGGCAUCUCCAUCUAUGCGAGGAUCCACUCCUCUGGAUGUGGCUGCAGCAUCAGUCAUGGAUAAUAAUGAGCUUGCCCUUGCUUUAAGAGAGCCAGACCUGGAGAAGGUGGUACAAUAUCUAGCUGGGUGUGGGCUGCAGAGCUGUGUGAUGCUGGUCCGUAAGGGAUACCCUGACAUUGGCUGGAACCCUGUGGAGGGGGAACGAUACCUUGACUUCCUGCGCUUUGCUGUCUUCUGCAAUGGUGAAAGUGUGGAGGAGAAUGCCAAUGUUGUGGUAAGGCUCCUUAUUCGUCGACCAGAAUGUUUUGGCCCGGCUCUUCGAGGUGAAGGUGGUGAUGGGUUGUUGGCAGCAAUGGAGGAGGCCAUUAAGAUCUCUCAGGAUCCCUCCAGAGAUGGUCCGUCUCCUAUGUCUGAGAGCAGCAAGGCACUCAGUGACAUGCCAGGGGAAGAGGAAGAUGAUACAAUUCACAUGGGAAAUGCCAUCAUGACCUUCUACUCUGCUCUCAUUGACCUGCUGGGCCGCUGUGCUCCAGAGAUGCAUCUGAUCCAUGCUGGUAAAGGUGAAGCUAUCCGUAUCAGAGCGAUUUUGAGGUCUCUUAUUCCUAUUGAAGACUUGGUGGGAGUCAUCAGUAUUUCAUUCUCUAUGCCUAACCUGGCUAAAGAUGGGUUGGUUGUGGAGCCAGACAUGUCAGCAGGUUUCUGUCCAGACCACAAAGCAGCCAUGGUGCUGUUCCUGGACCGUGUCUAUGGUAUAGAAGACCAGAAUUUUCUUCUCCACCUUCUGGAGGUUGGGUUCUUACCAGACCUGAGGUCUGCCGCCUCUCUGGACACCGUUGCUCUGAGUGCCACAGACAUGGCACUGGCGCUCAACAGGUAUCUGUGUACAGCAGUGCUGCCUCUCCUGACUAAAUGUGCGCCGCUGUUUGCGGGGACGGAGCCGUUCGCCUCACUAAUUGACUCGCUGCUUCAUACGGUUUAUCGCCUGUCCAAAGGCUGCUGCCUCACCAAAGCUCAGAGGGACUCCAUAGAGGAGUGUCUGCUUGCUGUUUGUGGUAAGCUAAGGCCUUCAAUGAUGCAGCACCUACUCAGGAGGCUGGUGUUUGAUGUUCCUCUACUUAAUGAGCACACCAAGAUGCCUCUGAAGCUGUUGACCAAUCACUACGAGCGUUGCUGGAAGUACUACUGUUUGGCUGGAGGUUGGGGCAACUUUGGAGUAGCGUCAGAUGAAGAGCUGCACCUCUCUAGGAAAAUGUUCUGGGGAAUAUUUGAUGCCCUGUCCCACAAGCAGUACGACCAGGAGCUAUUUAAACUGGCGCUGCCAUGUCUUAGUGCUGUGGCUGGAGCUCUUCCUCCAGAGUAUAUGGAGUCCAACUACAUGGCCAUGAUGGAGAAACAGUCAUCUAUGGACUCAGAAGGAAACUUCACACCACAGCCUGCAGACACCACCAAUGUGACUGUUCCAGAGAAACUGGAUUGUUUUAUAACCAGAUAUGCGGAGCACAUCCAUGAGAAGUGGUGUAUAGAAAAGUUUUCCAAUGGCUGGUCAUAUGGAGACCAGAUGUGUGAAAUCAGCAAGAGCCAUCCACUCCUGAAACCAUACAAAAGCCUGUCUGAAAAGGAUAAAGAGACAUACUGCUGGCCCAUCAGAGAGUCUCUGAAGACCAUGCUUUCAUGGGGUUGGAGCAUUGACAGGAUCAGAGAGGGAGACUCUGUCAACCUUCACAACAAGCCCAGAAGGAUAUCACAGGCCAGUCAGCUUUCUUUUGAAGGAGCUUCAGCUUUCAGUCCAAGACCCACUGAUAUGAGUAAUGUGACAUUGUCCAGAGACUUGCAGUCAAUGGCAGAGCUGCUUGCAGAGAAUUAUCAUAAUAUCUGGUCCAGGAAAAAGAAACUGGAGCUGGAAGCCAGAGGUGGAGGAAACCACCCACUGCUGGUUCCUUACGACACACUGACUGCCAAAGAAAAAUCCAAAGACAGAGAAAAAGCACAAGAUAUCCUUAAGUUCCUCCAAAUCAAUGGUUACAUUGUGUCCAGAGGUGUGCAGUCACAGGAGCUGGACACUCCUGCCAUAGAGAAACGAUUUGCCUACACCUUUCUCCAGCAGAUCAUCACCUACGUGGACCAGGCACACCAACACAUGAUGGAGUUUGAUGUGGGAACACGACCAAAGGGAGAGAAGAUUCCUCAUGAGCAGCAGAUCAAGUUCUUUGGAAAGGUCGUCCUGCCGUUGGUGGAUCAGUACUUUAAAAACCACAGGCUGUACUUCUUGUCCACGGCCAUCCAUCCCAUCAGCAGUGGUGGCCAUGCCUCUAACAAGGAGAAGGAAAUGGUGACCAGUCUUUUCUGCAAACUGGGAGUUCUUGUCAGACAUAGGAUAUCCUUGUUUGGGAACAAUGCCACUUCCAUUGUCAACUGUCUGCAGAUACUGGGACAAAGCCUGGAUGCCAGGACAGUGAUGAAGACGGGCCUGGAGUCAGUGAAGGCGGCUUUACGGUCAUACUUCGACAGCGCAGCGAAGGAUCUGGAGAAGACUCAGGAGAACCUGAAGCUCGGCCAGUUCACUCACAGCAGGGACCAACCACGAGGAGCGACUCAGAUCAUCAACUACACCACCUUCGCCCUGCUCCCCGUCCUCUCCUCACUGUUUGAACACAUCGGACAGAACAUGUUUGGAGAAGACCUCAUUUUGGGUGAUGUCCAGGUUUCCUGCUACAGAAUCCUUAACAGCCUCUUCCUUCUGGGAACCAACAAAAGCAUCUAUGUUGAGAGACAACGUCCAGCAAUGGGAAAGUGUUUAGCAGCCUUCGCAGCAGCAUUCCCUGUUGCCUUUCUUGAGCCUCACAUGAACAAGUUUAACAGCUUUUCCAUCUAUAACAGCAAAGGAAGCAAAGACAGAGCAGCUCUAGGCCUUCCUGGGCAGGUUGGGGACGUUUGUUCACUGAUCCCCAAUUUGGAGAAGUCUCUGGAGGAGAUUGUAGAGCUAGCAGAGUCCGGCAUGAAGUACACGCAGAUGCCUCAUGUUAUGGAGGUGGUCUUGCCGAUGUUGUGCAGCUACAUGUCUCACUGGUGGGAACAUGGACCGGAAAGCGACCCAGACAAAGCCAACAACUGCUGCACCUCUGUGACCUCUGAAUACAUGAAUACUCUGCUGGGAAACAUUCUCAAGAUCAUCUACAACAACCUGGGGAUAGAUGAGGGCGCCUGGAUGAAGAGACUGGCUGUCUUCUCCCAGCCAAUUAUCAGCAAAGCCAAACCUCAGCUGUUAAAGACCCACUUCUUGCCCUUGAUGGAGAAACUCAAAAAAAAAGCAGCUGUUGUGCUGAUGGAUGAAGAACAUAGCAAGGCGGAGGGGAGGGGUGAGAUGUCAGAGACAGAGCUCCUCAUCAUGGACCAAUUUACUAUCCUGGUCAGAGACCUGUAUGCCUUCUACCCUCUCCUCAUACGAUUCGUUGACUACAACAGGGCCAGAUGGCUUAAAGAGUCCAAUCCAGAGGCAGAGGAGCUGUUCCGAAUGGUGGCUGAGGUUUUCAUCUUCUGGGCCAAGUCUCACAACUUCAAGAGAGAAGAGCAGAACUUUGUGGUCCAGAAUGAAAUUAACAACAUGUCCUUCCUUAUCACUGACACCAAGUGCAAGAUGUCAAAGGGAAUAGUUUCAGACCAGGAGAGGAAGAAGAUGAAGAGAAAAGGUGAUCGAUACUCGAUGCAGACAAGUUUGAUUGUUGCUACUCUAAAGCGCCUGCUGCCCGUGGGACUCAACAUUUGUGCUCCAGGAGAACAAGAGCUUAUCGCACUGGCUAAGAACCGCUUCACUCAGAAAGACACAGAGGACGAAGUUCGAGAGGUCAUCAGGAACAACCUACAUUUACAAGGAAAGUCAGAGGACCCAGCAAUUCGUUGGCAGAUGGCCCUGUACAGAGACCUCCCAAACCACUAUGAGGAUACUACUGACCCAGAGAAGACUGUGGAGAGAAUCCUGGAUAUUGGUCACGUCCUCUUCCACCUGGAGCAGGUGGAGCAUCCUCAGCGCAGUAAGAAGGCUGUGUGGCACAAACUGCUUUCAAAACAGAGGAAGAGAGCUGUGGUCGCUUGCUUCAGGAUGGCACCACUCUAUAACUUGCCAAGGCACCGGGCUGUAAACUUGUUCCUGCAGGGCUAUGAAAAGUCCUGGAUCGAGACAGAGGAGCACUACUUUGAAGAUAAACUCAUAGAAGACCUCGCUAAACCAGGUGAACAGGAGCCAUCUGAGGAAGAGGAGGGGCAGAAACACAAACACAUAGAUCCCCUGCAUCAGCUCAUCCAGCUGUUCAGCAGAACAGCCCUAACAGAAAAAUGUAAACUGGAUGAGGAUAAUCUCUACAUGGCCUACGCAGACAUCAUGGCUAAGAGUUGCCAUGAUGAAGAGGAUGACGAUGGAGAAGUGAAGAGUUUUGAAGAAAAAGAGAUGGAGAAGCAGAAGCUGUUGUAUCAGCAGGCUCGGCUGCACGACCGUGGCGCUGCUGAGAUGGUGCUCCAAACCAUCAGUGCUAGUAAAGGUGAGAUGGGUCCCAUGGUGGCAUCUACUCUGAAACUGGGCAUAGCUAUUCUCAAUGGUGGGAACUCAACCGUACAGCAGAAAAUGUUAGAUUAUCUGAAGGACAAGAAGGACGUGGGCUUCUUUCAGAGUCUGGCUGGUCUCAUGCAGUCAUGCAGUGUUCUGGAUCUAAAUGCAUUUGAGAGGCAAAAUAAAGCAGAGGGACUGGGAAUGGUGACAGAGGAAGGAUCAGUCAUCACUCAUGAGCGUGGUGAGAAGGUCAUGCAGGAUGAUGAGUUCACUUGUGACCUUUUCCGCUUCCUGCAGCUGCUCUGUGAAGGACACAACUCAGACUUUCAGAACUACUUGAGGACUCAAACGGGAAACAACACAACCGUUAACAUCAUUAUCUCCACUGUUGACUACCUUCUAAGAGUUCAGGAGUCCAUCAGUGAUUUCUACUGGUAUUAUUCUGGGAAAGAUGUGAUUGAUGAGCAGGGCCAGCGGAAUUUCUCCAAGGCAAUAAAUGUGGCCAAGCAGGUUUUCAAUACCCUCACUGAGUACAUCCAGGGUCCAUGCACCGGCAACCAGCAGAGUUUAGCCCAUAGUCGACUGUGGGAUGCUGUGGUUGGCUUUCUACAUGUUUUUGCUCACAUGCAGAUGAAAUUGUCUCAGGACUCCAGUCAGAUCGAGUUACUGAAGGAACUGAUGGAUCUGCAGAAAGACAUGGUGGUUAUGCUGCUGUCUAUGUUAGAGGGUAAUGUGGUGAAUGGGACCAUUGGAAAGCAGAUGGUGGAUAUGUUGGUUGAGUCCUCCAACAAUGUAGAGAUGAUCCUUAAGUUCUUCGACAUGUUCCUCAAACUGAAGGACCUGACCUCCUCAGAUGGGUUCAAGGAAUAUGACCCUGACGGAAAAGGUGUCAUCUCCAAGAGGGACUUUCAUAAAGCCAUGGAGAGCCAUAAACACUACACACAGUCAGAGACGGAGUACCUGCUGUCAUGUGCUGAAACUGAUGAGAAUGAACUUCUUGACUAUGAAGAGUUUGUGGAGCGCUUUCAUGAGCCAGCCAAGGACAUUGGCUUCAACGUGGCGGUUUUGCUGACCAACCUGUCAGAGCACAUGCCUCAUGACACCCGGCUGCAGACUUUCCUGGAGUUGGCAGAAAGUGUCCUCAAUUACUUCCAACCAUACCUAGGCCGUAUCGAGAUUAUGGGAAGUGCAAAGCGGAUCGAGAGGGUCUACUUUGAGAUCAGCGAGUCCAGUCGUACACAGUGGGAAAAACCUCAGGUUAAGGAAUCCAAGCGUCAGUUCAUCUUUGAUGUGGUGAAUGAAGGAGGGGAGAAAGAGAAGAUGGAGCUGUUUGUGAAUUUCUGUGAGGACACCAUAUUUGAAAUGCAGCUGGCGGCUCAGAUGUCUGACGCUGGUGAGCGCUUGGCGAUAAAAGAGGAGAGCGAGCGUGAGAAGCCAGAUGAGGAGAACCCCGAUGUGGGGUUCUUUUCUGUCACCACUGUCUACAUGGCACUGCUAGCACUUCGAUAUAACAUCAUGCUGCUAAUAAAGGUACUGUCCAUGAAGAGCUUAAAGAAGCAAAUGAAGAAGAUAAAGAACAUGACUGUGAAGGACAUGGUAACCACCCUGGUCUCCACCUACUGGUCGGUGUUGUUGGGCCUCCUCCAUGUGGCAUUCAAUGUGGCUCGAGGAUUUUGCAGAAUCUUCUACAACACUUUCAUUGGAGAAAACCUGGUGGAGGGGGCCAAGACCAUAAAGGUGUCAGAGCUGUUGGCCAAUAUGCCAGACCCUACUCAGGACGAGGUACGCGGUGAGGGGGAGAACAGGGAGAAAAGAUCUGAUCACAGCUCCACCGGGGAAGACUUGGCUGACCUGACAGUCAAUACCAGUGAGACAGAGCUGCUGUCAGACAUUUUUGGUCUGGACUUAAGAAGGGAAGGGGGCCAGUACAAAAUCACCCCCCAUAACCCCAACGCCAGCUUUACUGAACUUCUCAACUCCCCGGUUCCCCUUCCAACUCCAUCCACAGCACCCCAACCUGAAGUCAGAUGGAGACAUCAGUCAAAGAGCUCUGCCUCAGAGGAGAUGGAAUCAAAACUAGAGAGUAAAUGUGAACCUCAAAAAACAUCUGAAAGUGAUGAUGUAGAGAAACAAGAGAAACAGUCAAAGAACGAGACGAUGAAACCAAAAAUGAGGAGGCAUCACACCUCAAAGUCUGACGAACCUGAUGUUCAGGAGUCAGCUUUCUUAAAGAAGAUCAUUGCCUACCAGAGGAAACUGCUGAACUACUUCGCCAGAAACUUUUACAACAUGAGGAUGUUGGCUCUGUUUGUUGCCUUUGCAAUAAACUUUAUCCUUCUGUUCUAUAAGGUUUCUACAUCCUCAUCAGUGACUGAGGAGAGGGAAGUUGUACACACCAGCCAUUCAGAGAGCAGCAUUCAGUGGGAUCCACUAGGUGGGGCAACUGUGGAUGCAAAGGAAGAGGUGAUGGAUCAGACCAGCAUGCCCCAGAAGCCUGUCACCGUUCGUUUUGUCCUGGAAGAGAGCAGUGGCUACAUGGAGCCCAUGUUACGGAUCCUUGCUGUCCUGCACACGGUCAUCUCCUUCUUCUGCAUCAUUGGAUACUACUGUCUUAAGGUGCCACUGGUGAUCUUUAAACGUGAAAAGGAGGUCGCUAGGAAGCUGGAAUUUGAUGGCCUUUAUAUAACAGAGCAGCCAUCAGAAGAUGACAUCAAAGGACAGUGGGACAGACUGGUAAUCAACACACAAUCUUUCCCCAAUAACUACUGGGAUAAAUUUGUGAAGAGAAAGGUGAUGGAUAAAUAUGGGGAGUUUUAUGGCCAUGACCGAAUCAGUGAGCUGCUGGGACUGGACAAAGCUGCUCUGGACUUCAGUGAUGCUCACAAAAAGAGAAAACCCAGGAAAGACAGUUCGCUUGCUGCAGU